CCUGUCCCCCAUUUUGUACUCCACAAACACGCUACUAAUCCUGGCUUGGCUUGGUGUGUUGCAGUGCAGCAGCUAGCAAUUAAUUAUCUGUUUUGUGUCGUUUUUUUGUUGUUUGUGUGUCUGUCCUAUUGUGUGUUUUAAUUGUUCUUGAUCAUAUAAUGUCGACUACAAAAUCCAAAGAGAUCGGUUUGACGGCGGUAGAUUCCAGCAUCCCCGCCCAACCCCGUCCAUCGCCCAUAAUUCAAAAGAUUUCGCCCAGCGGUAACUGUACCGGAGACGUAUCGUUCGAGGCGUACAAGCAGCCAAGCAACCGAUCGAAACGGCGCAGCUUUUCGCCGAUGGUGAACCAGUACCGGAUACCGUCGCCCGAGCUGUCCCCGAUCGAGCUAAGCCACACGUUCCGGAUCUCGCCACGGUGCAACACACCGAGGGCAACCGAGCGUCAGGAUGUGGCGGGCAAGACGUACCUGCUAGCCAAACAGUACCGGACACAUAAGAAGCGUUCACCGCAGGAAGAUGAAGCGUACGCUGUUACCCCGUUGGCCAAGCGUGAACUGGAGCAUCGCAUCUGCGUCUCCAACAUACUGAAGGACAUGAAUCUGUCGAAGUACAUCCGCAUCUUCACCCGGGAGGAGAUCAACUUUGACGUGUUUCUAACGCUGUGCGAGAAGGAUCUGAACGACAUUGGGAUCCAGUGUAAGGAGGACAUUGAGAAGAUUUUGGCCAAAAUUGCCGACUACAAUAUGGGCGUGGAGGGCUAAAGGUGAGACCCGGUUUACUGCUGGUCAUGGGCUCACCGUUGCACCCGCUGCAUAGAUCGAUAGCUAGCUGUUAAGUGUGAUUUUAAUAAAAUGAAAAGAUACUUGAAGACUUUA